AUGAUAUGUGGCUUGAACUGCGCUUCCCAAAGUGUUACCUUCUCUCAGGUUCUAAUUGGUGUUAGUCCUGUAGAGGGGUUUGACAAGAUCAAGCAAUCUUAUGGGAGAAAACUUAAAGAUGCUCAUAGGAGUGGUGAUGAAGCCACUGCCCCUCUGCUUGAGAAAGCAUAUGAUAAGCUCAUGUAUUCCCAGUUAAUGAAUAGAAAAAUGGGUGUUACUUUCGGUUCCUUUAAGGUUUCCAAGGACAUUAGAUAUGCUGACAAGCAGCCCAUAGUACCAUGGGGUCCUAGGUAUUCCAAGUCUUCUAGAAACGAUAUGUUGAUCAACCUAGCAAUAUCAGCUGUGUUUAGCGCAUGGAUUGUCAUAAAACGUACUGUUGAAUACAAACCGCUGCAGUUCACGUCUUUUGUAUUUGUGUACAGAAUCUUUGAGAAAUUAAAAUCCUUUGAAGCACCUUCAUCUCCAACAUAUAACGAGGAGGGUGAAGAAAAUGGACGGGGAUUGAGAAUGGGAAAGAGGCUUCUUCGGUCUCUUUCAUUAGUUUUUGGCUCUAUACUUGUGGCAUUGGCCUAUACUGGGAUCUUAAAUUUCAUUGAGUACAUGGGCAGCUCCAUACCCAUUACUCUUUACAAUAACCAGGAACUUAUAGUGACGGCCUCAUCAGCUUUGAUGCUCUAUGUUAUGGCGUCGUACUACAGAUAAUGCGAGAGAAGCCCACAAUGAACUUGAUCUAUCAGAAGUUUUGUAGAAGUUUUUUGCUGUAUGUGGCAUGUGUCUGUUAGAUGUUAACCAUUGAGAUGUUUUUUUUUCUUAGACGAACCAGCACACUACUUUUGUCCAAAAAAAAUAAAGAAAUCAUAUAUGUAUUCGAGA